CGUCUCUUCCUCCGGUCAGAGACCGCUCGGAGAGAUUUGCUCUCCGCCUGUCUGCGUCCAAUCACGGCGUCUCUGUUGCUCACCGAGACCGGGAACAGUGCGACUGGAUUCAUCCAACGUCCUGAGGACUGGAUCUCCACCGAACAUCGAGCCGCGGAUGGUUUUGUCUCCGGGCGGGGGACCUGGAAACCAGGGCCCACAGAGGGAGCAGGGAGGAGGCCCCGACGCCCCCUUGUACUGACCCAGAAAACAGCACCGACGGCCGGGCUGCCUCUCUACUAGCAGGCCGGCUAGCUUCUGGCUGCACCGGAGCUUGCAGGUUGGCACCCGAGGAGGCCGGAUAACGGAAUCGUUUCUAACCGUUAGGACCUUUUUUUUGCUCUCAUUAUUCAUCGGGGAGGAUUUUUUGCGCUGAAGUUUUGAAUUCUGGAGAUCGGGAGCUGGUGGCUAGCUAGCUCCGGGCUAGCUGUCCCAGUUGGCUUCUCUCCCCGGUAACCAGACAGCGGAGGCUCCGGAGCGAGGACUCAGGAGCACAGGCGGUGUCUGCGUACUUUCUCCAAAUUUUACGUACCUCACGGUGACACUGAUCAUGGCUGCCUUAAUCAAGGAAAUCGUGAGCAGGAAUAAAAGGCGAUACCAGGAGGACGGCUUCGACCUGGACCUGACCUAUAUUUAUCCAAACAUCAUAGCGAUGGGUUUCCCUGCAGAGCGACUGGAGGGAGUUUACAGAAACAACAUCGACGAUGUCGUUCGAUUUCUAGAUUCAAAGCACAAGAGUCACUAUAAGAUCUACAACCUAUGUGCGGAGCGACACUACGACACGUCAAAGUUCAACUGUCAAGUGGCUCAGUACCCAUUCGAGGACCACAACCCUCCCCAGCUGGAGCUGAUCAAGCCAUUCUGUGAGGACCUGGAUCAGUGGCUGAGCGAGGACGAGCAGCAUGUUGCCGCCAUCCACUGCAAGGCGGGAAAAGGCCGCACCGGCGUCAUGAUCUGCGCCUACCUGCUGCACCGGGGCAAGUUUCAGGAAGCUCAGGAGGCGCUGGACUUUUACGGAGAGGUCCGCACCCAUGACAAGAAGGGUGUGACCAUCCCCAGUCAGCGGCGUUACGUGGUCUACUACAGCUUCCUGCUGAGGAACCAGCUGCAGUACAAACCUGUCGCUCUGCUCUUCCAUAAGAUGCUGUUUGAAACCAUCCCCAUGUUCACUGGUGGAACCUGCAACCCUCAGUUUGUGGUGUACCAGCUGAAGGUGAAGAUUCACACCUCUAACGCCUCCCACACCCGGCGGGAAGACAAACUGAUGCUGUUUGAGUUCCCGCAGCCACUUCCUGUCUGCGGAGACAUCAAGGUGGAGUUCUUCCACAAGCAGAACAAGAUGAUGAAGAAGGAAAAAAUGUUUCACUUCUGGGUCAACACCUUCUUCAUCCCGGGGCCAGAGGAGAACCCGGACAAACUGGAGAAUGGCAGCGCUGGGACGCUGCGGGACCCGGCCGACAGGACGCACCAGAACCUGGGGAUGAUGACAGCCAUGAUGAUGGGCGGAGAGACUAACGACAGGGACUACCUGAUUCUCACACUCAUCAAGAGUGACCUGGACAAGGCCAACAAAGACAAGGCCAACAGGAACUUCUCCCCGAACUUCAAGGUGAAACUGUUCUUUACCAAGACGGUGGAGGAGGGAGCGAACUGUGACGCAAGCAGCACGUCGGCCUCGGUGACCCCGGACGUCAGCGACAAUGAACCAGAUCACUACCGCUACUCUGACACCACGGACUCGGACCCAGAGAACGAGCCGUUCGAAGAGGACCACCACAAUCAGAUCACAAAAGUCUGACACACACACUCUCUCUCACACAACAGAUAUAUAUGUGUGUAUAUAUGUACAUACACAUACAUACAUACACAGUAUAUAUAUAUGUACACACACUCAUGAACCCCCACACUGAGACUAGCGUGUGGUUAGCUAACGGGGGAAUAUAACCUACGGACCAGACCUGAUCUGUGGGACUCUGGGAUCAAAGAGCUCAGAUCAGACUAUAAGCCCCCUCCACCCCUCCAAUCUUCUGCACGGUGCACACCUGGACAAUCACGACAUAGCGGUGGGGGUGAGGAGGGUGGGGAUAAGCGUGGGGGCGGGGCCAGGCCGGGAUACAGACGGCGAAUGGACAAUAAGACAGAUGAAUGGACAGACAGGUUUAAAGUUAAAGGGGUAAAACUUGAAUAUAAACAAACUGAAAGACGAGUAGACUUCUUUAGUGACUACACCGAGAUGUUUGUUGGAUAAAUCCCCAUGUGUCCUUCCUUCCAUCCUUCUUUCCUUUCCUGCUUCCUUCCUGACCAGAUUAAGGAAAUGUUAUGCAGACCAAUCUUUCUGUUUCCACCUAUUCAGUCUUCAGUUCUGUGAAGCUGAGUCAGAGUUGACUCUUCUCUCUGUGUGCUCACAUCAACACGUCCACACCGAAGUCACAUCCAAAUAUUUUUCUACAGAACUAAGAUUUUAAAUCAUUGAGUUUCAGCAAAUGAAAUCUGUAAGUUUAUUCAGAGAAAAUAAAAAUUCAGCUUCAGUUCCACUGUAGGACACUGAGCAAAUUUUAUUGAAGGAAAUGAUGAAACCAGGACAGUGAUAAAGGUCAUCAAUCAUAACAAGUAUUUAAUUUCAUCAACGUGUCACUUCGGAUGGAAACAAAAACAUAUUUUUUGUUAUAAACUAAACUGGAACCAGUGAGAAUCAGUCUGGACCAGUCUGAUUUCGGUUUACUGUUCUGUGGGUUCACCCUGAUUCAUUUUGUUGUAUUCUGGAGUUUGGAUCAUCCCCCAAACAAAGAACCUUUUAGCCCUCCAAACCUAUCUGAUCUCUUACCCUGUCCUGAGUCCUGUUCAGACCAAGCUGGACCGGCCUCAUUGCUGGUCUAGACCCAGUUUGCACCAGUUUUAGCUGGACAGGAUUGGCUCUGGGACAAAGUAGCACACAAAGAAGAGAGACAACCUGAUGUUGGAAUGUGACAAUGAAGAAUAGAAACUUGGAUUCUUCACAAUCUGUCAAUCACAUACUGUUGAAACCCACAUACAGUACAAACCUACUGUGAACAAAUGCUCUUACUACUUUUCUGACUGUCUCUGUCUCCAGUUUUGCACAGAAGGAUUCUCUUCAAUCAUUUCCUACAGUUACAGAAACAUAUUUUUGUUAUACUCUUAUAUCAAUCAUUAAGCUAAACACACAAGCUACACACAUUAUAACCAUUCCUUCAGCCAGAUCUGCUUUAAGCUUUACACCUGUAGGCUAACCCACCCUGACACAAACUAGAGAGCGCUUAGUUUUGAUGUUCCUGGCAUGUCAGGCGGGUGGGGUUUGCACUAUAUAAAGGACAGUUGGCUUUGUAUGUAUUUCUGGGUAAGCUCAGUCCAUCCAAGACGCCUGUUUGGCUCAUGUUUGUGCUGAAACAUACAGUCCUUUUUAUAAAUCUGCCCUUUGGGAGGUUUCAGCACAGAGUUUCUCAACUUUGGGGUCAGGACCCAACGUGGGUUUGGGGCAGACUUCGUGACGACAUUUGCUCUUGACGGUCUAGAUGUUUAGCCUCUGUGUGUCUUUGGUUUCUGACAUUUGAAAGUGGGUGAUGCUCUAUAAUUAUUACUCUGUCCAUAGACUAUUAAUCCUUGUAUUCAGUACUACUUUAAAAAGCACUUAAAGUCUUGCAAACUGUACCUUUAACGCCAGGGACGACAGUUUGAGGAUUACUUAACCAUCACGGCAGAUUCGACACUAUUCCGUCUGGAUUUGACAGGAGCAAAUGAACAUUAGGGAUUCUCUGAUUAGUGUCUUUCAGACCGUAGAUUUAAUCCCAUCAGAGCAGAACAACCCAAAGCUAAUCCCCAAUUGGUUCACAUCAUUCGGGUUCUCUGUACCUUUUAUGUCCACAUUGUAAGUUUCCUUCUGCUCGUUCAGUGAUCUCCUGCAAAGACUAAAGAACCACGAUGCAGUUGGAUGCAACAAUUAACUCCAAGCACCAUCUGGGCUGGACAGGGCUGUGAAUCAAAAACAUUUAGAAACCACCCACAAAAUCAUCUGCAAUUAAUAUCAGCCCAUUUCAAAUGGUACCCAAUCGAUCAGAGCAUCCCUAUUGAUCAUCUGCCUCCAGAUCAGGUGUAGGUAGAAGUUUUAGUCCUGAUGCCCAGUUUUUCCGUCCGAACAUUUGGUGCUACAACCGAUAUCAGCCCUGCGUUGGUUCCGUAGUUAACGACCGUUCUUCUAAGCUGUGGUUCGAAGACCGAGUUGGGACUUCAAGUUCCUCUUGUCCACCCUGUAGGCCUUGCCAAGACCCUGAUCACACAGGAUGAACUCUGGAGGCGUGAACACAUAAAAUCCAGAAAGCUGCUUUUAUCUGGACAAUAGGAGAGCAGUGCUGACGGUGAUGCUGAAUGAGUGAGUGAUGAACUCAACCUUGAAAUCAGAACAGUACCCGAACUCAAAGAGUCAACGACACCAAGAGGUGAGAACAAUAAUAUCAAGAAUGUUUGGUGACGAUCAUGAGACGACAGAGAUGCCAAAUGAGGAGGUGGACGAGGUUCCUCUGGGACCUUUCUGCGAUUGAUCCUAACGCCCAAAGAACAUUUUAAGCUUGAAGCUGUUAACAGCCAAUCAGAGCUUUGAAUAAGAAUAAUAAGAAUGAGAUGGCAUCUUCUUGUACCAGAGGCAGAACAAUGUCCAGAAAAAACAGGCAUACAUGUGAUGUUUCCAACUGCACAGGCUGUUGUAAGUCGACUUGCUCUGUGUCGAAGGACAAACAAAAUGGACAUUCAGUCUGCUUAUCAGAUUGUAAACAGCUGGAUCAAACAGGACUCACUGGAACAAGUAGAAGUGCCUGAAGUUGCAUCCUGUGUGAUCACAUCUUGAGGUGCAGCACCCAGCCAUCUGUAGCUUUGUGCUACCAGCAGACAAGUGCUUUGGGCCAUCAGUCCACCAUGUUGGGUUUAAGGUGCUAAGCUGUGCUAACCAGGGCUGAUGCUAAGCCUGUCGUCCAUCUGUGGUGCUUUCUACCAGCAGCAAGUGUUCGUCCAGUUGUGAGGCUCAACAGCUGUCAUCAGAGUGGUGAUCUGUCUACAGCUCUGUUUGUGCAGCUGGCGACAUUUCACAGCAACAACAACAACACAACAACUCCUACUUAGAGUCCUGUUGGGUGCUGUCAGGCCUGGCCUCACUUCCUGUCAUCAACCUGUUCAGACAUGACCAGUGUGAAGACCCGUUUAGUGGAGGGGCUUAAGAACUACUGCCAACUGGUGUGGCCUCCAGAAACUGAUCCAGGGAACCUGGAUUAAAGUUUCCACAGGAUCCCGUUCAGGCUGUUUCUAUUUUUACAGGGUAGUUUUUUUUUUUUUUUUUUAAACAGCCGCAGUUCUACGUCUUCUUUCAGGAGGCAGUCUCUCGUCCCUUUAAAAUAUGUAAAAGGUGAUUUAGGCUGAUUUUACACCUACUGAUGUAGGUGAAUGGUAUUAUGGGUAGCUUUAGGAUGCUGAGGAGUUGAUGCCCAAAUCUGUUAUGUAGCUGUACGCAACAAAAAAGUUAAACAAUACAUUUGUCUCCAAAUGACACCGAAUAUGUUCCAGCCUAAAACCUGAACGUGUCUGAAUGUUGGUACCGUACUCAACCGACUGGUGUGUACUGAGCUGGUUUUGGGUAUUUGAGGCCAGGCAGGUGCUGUCCACAUCUCUGACUGUUCCAGGUGCUCCAUAUCUUUUUCUCAUGACCAUUUUAAAGUGGUUGAUUGUAGACAACAAGUCCUAGUUCAGCUGUGCUGUAUCCACGUGGGAAAUUUGGACAGGUUUCAAAUCAGGAAGAGGUUUUAUUUUCCUUAACUCAAAUUUCAUAAAGUUUGGCAUCAGACAUUUUCCGUAUCCAAACUUAAUCAACAGAAGUUUUUAAUGAAUUUCGUUGUUGAUCCUGUUAUGAUUUAGCGUAUGUUCAGGGUUCCUGUGCUGAUCGAGAGAGUCAGAGAGGAAACAAAAUGGGGAUCGAAGAAAACUUAGGAAAGAUUUUUACCAAAGUACUUUUCUGCUUCUAGAUCUCUGGACAGACAACAGAAGGCCUCAGAGAAGUGUUGCAGAGAGUCGGUGAUGUGUUGACAUAAAAACCUUAAACAUUGAACACAGUGCUGGUUGGAAUGUUAAGAUAAAUGGUUUUACGUUCGGCGUUAACAGUCAGUGAUGUGCGAACAUGUCGGUCUGCAGCAUCUGGAAUCUGUAAAGGAACCUUGGACUGGGUUUUGGCGUUGUAUGCUCCACAGAUGUCACUCUGGAUUCUGGAUUAACCUUUAACCUCCAACAAUCAGAAUAUACAUUAAGUGUUACACGUGUCCGACUUCCUGUUUUUCCCUCAGCGAGAAAGCUUCUUUGUUUUGUCUGUUGAGUCAACAAAAUGAUGCUUCAGCUCUUUUCUGUUUACAUCUCAUCACCAAACCUGCCAAAAUGAAGCUCAGACUAAUGGUUUAUUUUUUUAAUUUGUAGUCUGUUUGUUUGUUAGUUUUGGAGUUGACGAGGUAAACGCGCCCUAUGUUCAUGUUCUUUCUUUGUUUUGCCUUAAGGUGCGGUCACAUUAGCCAUCCAGUCACCACAACUGCCCCACUGUCAGACCCAGUAAAGGAUGUAGUGUUGGGGGAUUCAGUCAGUGUCAUAUUGUACAAAAAAAUCACUGAGUCCACCUUCAAAACUCAGUGUAUCAGUGUUUUGGCUGAAUGUGCAAAUUCAAAAAAUGAAAGGUGAAAUCUGAGCUGGAUGCCAAAGUUCGCACCAAAACAGGAAAUCCAUUCUUGAAGUUGUUGCUUUGGCUUUUGUUGAGGUUGAACAAGAGACGUGGUAUUGACAGCACAGAGGCGUGGUGUGACCGUACCUUUACCUGAAGCUGACAACAGUUUUCUGCUUCUAGACAGUUCCUUAGAAUCUCAGAGUCCAGUUCACCAACCACAUCUGUCGGUCAAAGGUCAAAGGGGAAGGAAAUUCAUUUAAAUAGAAAACAUUUCAGCCCCAGUUGGAUCUUUGGUGUUUAAAAUGGACACCACAGUCAGAUAUCUACAAGCCGGCUGAUUGGCUGCUUCACCAUCUCACUGCUGAAUGUUCAUUAAGCACCUCUGUUCAAGGCGGCAGGUUUACCAUCAAAAUUCAUAGCAAUAUGUCCUUGACUUUCAGUGGUAGAUAGCUAGCUAAUUAAGCUAAAAUUAGCGUGUUUAACUUUGUAAUGUUUCAAGCAAAUUUAUUCCAAGAACAAAAAUAUUGACUUUAUGGAUAGAUGUGAUGUCAUCCUGAGGCUAAAGCUAACCGGUCCCAGGUAAGAGAGCAGUGUUCUCACCAGGUGAUCCAUGUGGACAUGUUACACUGUCGAGUGACUGAAGUCUGAUAAAUAAACAUGUCAAAUCAGAACUUACAGUUUGUGUUUUCACUUUUGAAAAUAGAAACUGGUUGUAACACGAUCUCUGGAUAUUUUGUCCUAAAAUGUUCCAGUGGAAUCAGUAUUGAUGAGUAUUGAUCAGCUCUACAGUGAGUCUGGAACCAAACCUUCUGACAGAUGUGGUUUUGUUCUAAGCUCUGGUCCGACAGAAACUGUUUGGAGCAGAGCAUCGUGGUCCAGGUCCAGGUCUCAGCUCAGUGGUCCACAGUGUGUCUGCUCAUGAUGAUGAUUGUCUUGGUUUUAUUUGAUCAGGUAUUCAUGUUGUUUUCACUUGGUCAACAAACAGAAAACUCGUAACUAUAGCCUGUAUCACCAUGGAAACAUGUCAUGUUAAACUGACUCCCCACCCCCGCCCUCAGUUCUUUUAUUCUUCCUUCCCUCCUUGUUUUAUAAUUAAAUAAAAACACUGUAAAGGUGAAUAAAACUAUUUAUAAACAGCU